AUGCGUACCACUACCCUUGCGGCCGCAGCCAUCGCCGUCACUGGCGCAAUGGCGAAACCUCGUUACCUCAUGUAUUUCGACCAAUGGGACACGCAAAACCUGCCCGAUCGCUCUGUGACGGCGGGAGUCACACACGUCACUACAGCUUUUGCUGCGACGACGCUCUUUACUUCGGGCGAGCAGUACGAGCCUUUCAUGCCAUUGGACCAGAUCCGUGCUCUUUUCGACGAUGGCACCAAGAUUUGCAUGGCUAUUGGCGGAUGGGGAGACACGGCUGGCUUCAGUGCUGGUGCUCAAAACAAAACGACGCGCCGGGCGUAUGCUAAGAAUGUUGCUGCGACGGUGAAGAGACUGGGCUACGACUGUGUUGACAUUGACUGGGAAUUCCCGGGUGGAAACGGCCAGGACUACAUCCAGACUCCCAACUCGGAAAAGGCCUGGGAGAUUGACGCCUUCCCGCUCUUCCUGCAGGAGAUUAAGAGCGCCAUUGGAGGACACAUUGAGCUGUCCGUUGCUGCUCCGGGACGGGUCGAGGACAUGAUUGCUUACACGCCCGAGAAUGUGGCCAAGAUCAACCACAUUGCCGACUUUGUCAACGUCAUGACCUACGACCUCAUGAUGCGUCGGAUGAACACAACCACUCACCACUCCGGCGUUGCCAACUCUCUCGCCUCCGUCACCACUUACAUCGAGCGCGGCCUCUCCCCCAGCAAAAUCAACCUCGGCUUCGCCUUUUACGCCAAGUAUUUCACCACUGCCCCCGGCUAUAACUGCACAACCCCCGUAGGCUGCCCAACCGCAGUGCUCGAGGAUGCUCAAGGCAACGACACGGGCCUUUCCGGCGCCAUCACAUUCGAAGUGUCGACGUAUGCGGGCGCUCUCGAGCACGCCGUGGCCAACGGCAUCGCGGACGAGCAGCUGGGCGGUCAGUGGUGGUGGGAUUCCGAAAAGGAAAUCUUCUGGACGUGGGACACGGCGGAGUUUGCUGCUCGCAAAUUCAAGGAGAUUGUGGUGCCAAAGGGCUUGGGAGGUGUCUUCGCGUGGGCGUUGGCGCAGGAUAGCUAUGAUUGGAGUCGUUUCAAGGCGAUGCAGGCUGGAGUCAAGGCUAUGCAGCACAAGUAUAUUGAGUUGGGGAUAACGAUCUGA